AUGUCAGGACUACCACCACCAAGUGCACAACCAGCAAACGCGCAAGUUACAGAAGAACCUGCCAUCUCUAACCUCCGUAUCCUCCGCUACAACGUCAAAGAAAGCGCCGCAGAGAAUGCAUUGCAACAAGCACGCAACACCACAAUUUCCGAAUUUGUACUACAGAAACUUCAGAAACUUGAAGGCCUGAGCGUCCUGAAGAAGUCCAUUGACAAGAGCGUGAGACGUGUAGCUGAACAUUGUGAACGCGACGAAUUAGGCAUAGAACUCGCUCAGUCAGAAGUCGAGGCUAUGGAAGAAGGCGAAGAACGAAAGCACGAGGUGGAGAAGCUCGAGUUUAAGAAGAAAAAGAGAAUGUUUGAGUCGUUGGUGGAUGCUGCCAUGCAUGACGGCUUACAGAAGUUGACCGGUGCGGUCGAGGAAAUUGUGCGGAAUCAUGUGCCGAAUGAGGCCGAUGCUCAUCGAUCCUAG